AUGAAAUCAACCGUCCUUCUCGCUGCUACCGCAGCACUGCUCGGCCUCACCACGGCUAUCCCCAUCGAAGCACCCGAAGUCAGCGACAUCGAGCGCCGCUCCGCACCCACAUACGACCUCGCCAUAGGGGGUGGUCGCUUCAACAUGAACGAGCUCCAGUCCUACAGCUUGUUCUACGCCAACAGCUCUGCCUACAUUGGACAGAUCAAGUACCAAUCCUACUCGGAGCCGCUGAUCGUCUCCGGCGCCAAAAACGGCAUCGACACGCUGACCUUCCAGUCCAUCCACACCAGCCCGACUGGCUGGCAGCAAAUGUACGUGGUGCCCCAACAGUCGAAGCCCGUCGGAUUCAGUACGCCACACGGCUCCCCGCCCUCCGGCGUCCGCACCAACGAAUUCAGCUUCACGUGGAACGGGUCCCUGCAGAACCACGGACGCAACUUCUUCUACGCGUGCCAGGAUGCGGCAGGCACCCUGGCGGCGAUCAACAGCUACCAGAUCUGGUGGAUCGCAGAUGGGUUCCCACGCGGAUGGACGUGCAAGGGUCCUCUGAACAUUCACGCCGCCGACGGAUGUGCCAGAAGCCUAUAA